GACAAUGUUACGUGACGUUACCGCGUUUCCCGUAAAUCGAAGUUUUUGUUUUGCUUCCUCCUUUUGGGUUUCGGUUCACCGCGUCGAGCGCCACGCAUACCCCCUCCCUUAUCACUCGUGCUUGGCCCAGGCACGCAAGAUAAAGAAAAUUGUUCAAGAUGUCUGGUGAUCCUAACCUGCGAUUGAUAAAAAAAUAUAAAGUUCAUCUGCGGACAAUCCUUUAUCCCUCCAUAAAGGAAAUCCUUGACAGGCUUGAUGCAGAAGAUAUUAUCAAUCAUUCAGAAUAUAUUAUGUUAGAUGAAAAACCACGUGCGGAGCUGCCAAGGUUUUUGCUCGACCAUCUGAUCGAUAUGGGUGAAGGAGUCUGCACCAGAUUUCUCAAGGAGACGCUGUUACCAUACUGCAGAGAAAAUACUCCACUGAGAGAUCGUUUGAUGAGUGAAACAAAACCCGUGUACGAAGUAUUGAUGACUCUGAAAACAGAUGUCACGGAUAGUGUGACCUCAGGCACAGAGAGAGUGAAGGCAUCAAGAGAAGACUUUUACAAUUCAACAAAGGGAGAAGAAUAUGUUUACCGGGUGAGGCCACGUGGACCAGCAAGACAGAGGCAGGCCCUCAUCAUCAACAAUAUGAACUUUACUGGUGAAGGGUUAUUGAAGCGUAAUGGCUCUGAGGAGGAUGUUAAGUACUUGGUGUGGCUUUUCAAGGAGCUGGAUUACACUCCGAUUGUACACAAAGACCAAAGCGCAGAGGAAAUUGAAAACCUCGUGAAGAAGUUUGCGAAGAUGGACGAGCAUAUGCAUUCGGACAGCACCUUUGUAGUUGUCAUGUCCCACGGCUGCAACAGAGGGGUCUUCGGAAAGGGCAAAAAUGACCUGCUGAGCAUCGAGACGAUCUACACAGCGCUUAACAACAAUAACUGCCCGGGCCUGAAGGACAAGCCCAAAAUUAUCAUCGUGCAGGCAUGCAGGGUUGACAUUGCCACGGACUCAGCGGCACCGAAAGAGGUGGUGGACGCGAACUGGGAGACGGGUGGCUGUAGGGUGCCCCGGGAGAGCGACAUGACCUGCCUCUACUCCACGCUGCCUGACGACGUAUCAUACCGGAGCCGAAUCAAAGGCAGCUUCCUGAUCCAGCAUCUGGUGGAGGUGAUGAAGGAGCAUGCUUGCACAGAGCACGUGCAGGAACUGUUCACCAGAGUAAAGGACAAGUGCUCCAUGAAGGACCCACCGCAAAUGCCUGUGGAUGAGAGGAAUAGCCUCAGGCGUCGUUUCUACCUCUUCCCUGGCUUCUGAUUCCUCGUGGCGAACAUUCACGGAGCUUGCGGCGGGGCUCGUAACUGCCCACGCCAUCACCGAUGAUCAAUCGAACCUCUCCACUUCCCCCCCCCCUUUGACGUUAAACUUACUGCUUUUCUUGAUAGACAUUUUUAUCUGGUGUUUUUAAUGUGGGAUUUUUUUUUACCAAUAUUUGUAUUUUUUUACUUCUUUACCAAUAAUUGCCAUGAGUAUUCUUAAUUUUGAUAUUUAAAAAUAUAACCGGACAGGGAAGCACAUCGUCUCCGUGCGGAUGGAAUGCAGCUGUAAAUUAGUACACUUGCUGCACCGCUAGUCUCUUUCCUUCGAGGCAGAGGUAAACAAUGCCGUGAAGAUCUCGUGUUCCCACCUUGAAAUAAGUUUCUCGGCUACGUCUGCCGAUGGAGCGAUGGCCGGUCAUCACAUUUGUGUGUUUUCACGAAUUGACUCUUGCAAUUCCUCAUCGAUUGGGGACCUCAGUAGUAAGAAGGUCACUGUCGGGGUACAUUCUGCUGUAGAGUGCGGUAGCCACAGUACUUCCUUGCACGUCUCUCCUCUUCUUGCUCCGUUGCAUCGGCUCAGCAUUUCUCUCGUUGAGUGAGAUUCAAGAUCAUGUUGGUUCAUAUUUUAAGGCCUGUAACUAUUUUUUUUAUUUUACCAGGUAAUGCCCACAGAGAGAUAUAUAGCGCUUCUUUUAGAAAGGACCUGGCCACAAAUAAUAGCUCAAUGAAGUGGAUUAUCAUGUAGAAAUUCAUAGUAGCCAAAUAUUCUAAACGCAUGUUUCUAAAUGUGAAGGGAAAAACCGGAGGACCCGGAGAAAAAUCCACGCAACCACGGAGAGAGAGAGACAUUCAAACUCCAAAUAUACAGGCGUCAUUAUCGGGAUCUAACCCAAUACCCUCCUGCAUAGGAGGCGUGGUGGUCAACAUCUCGCCACUGUUAUAUUCACGAGCCAAUUCGAUCUCAUGCCCUCGGCGGGGCCCCUCAAAGAUCUGCGGACAUCACGAUCGCGAUCGCGUUCUCGGCAUGAGCGAACGUUCACUAUGGUGGAUCCCCGGUCGUGGAACUCCCCUCUACCGAUGGAGGUCAAGCCUCGGAGAGCGCUGACACCUCGAUAAAUUUCGUCUGAAUCCUGUGACGAAAAAAUAAACUAGCUUUUUUCCUCA